UGUUGUAACGUUCUUUAUAAUAUUAGCAAGAGCUCGUUGAAACGCUCUGUCUCGAUUUGAUUUUAAAAGCUUGAUUUUUAAAUGUGUGAUAAAGGAGACAGUAAUGAUGAUAAAAGAAAUCUCAAUGUGGUGUAUGUUUACAGUCUGGAGUACAUCCAGACAUGUGACUCGCUGUCUAAAGUACCAAACCGGGCCAGUAUGGUGCAUUCAUUGAUUGAGGCAUAUGGCUUACUGAGCUACAUGAGUGUGGUGAAGCCUCGUGUGGCUUCAUUGGAGGAGAUGGCCGUGUUUCACACAGACUCGUACCUACAGCACCUGCACAAGAUCAGCCAGGAUGGAGACAAUGAUGAUCCCCAGUCAGUUGACUUUGGCCUGGGUUAUGACUGUCCGGUGGUGGAGGGUAUUUUUGAGUACGCGGCUGCCGUUGGAGGUGCCACUCUGACUGCUGCCCAGAAUCUGCUGGAUGGAAAGUGUGAUGUGGCCAUCAACUGGGCCGGAGGGUGGCAUCACGCCAAGAAGGACGAGGCAUCUGGGUUCUGUUAUGUGAAUGACGCUGUUCUUGGAAUCCUCAAACUGCGGGAGAAGUAUGAGCGAGUUCUCUAUGUGGAUGUGGACCUUCACCAUGGAGAUGGUGUGGAAGACGCUUUCAGCUUCACCUCCAAAGUUAUGACAGUGUCUCUGCACAAGUUCUCCCCUGGCUUCUUCCCAGGUACAGGUGAUGUGAAUGACACUGGGUUGGGUAAAGGACGUUGGUACGCUGUCAACGUUCCCCUUGAGGAUGGAAUCCGUGAUGAUCGGUACUGCCAGAUAUUCACCAGCGUGAUGCAGGAAGUAAAAGCAUACUUUAACCCUGAAGCGCUUGUGAUGCAACUGGGAGCGGACACCAUGGCGGGCGACCCCAUGUGCUCCUUCAAUAUGACUCCCGUUGGAGUCGGAAAAUGUCUGAACUAUAUUCUCGACUGGGAGUUACCUACUCUAGUACUUGGAGGAGGUGGCUAUAACCUUGCCAACACUGCCCGCUGCUGGACCUAUCUAACAGGGACCAUCCUAGGACAGUCUCUGUCUUCUGAGAUCCCAGACCACGAGUACUUCACAGAAUAUGGUCCGGAUUAUUCCCUGGAGAUUAGCCCAAGCUGCCGACCCGACCGUAAUGAAAGCCAACAUCUGGAGCGGGUCAUCAGCACCAUCAAAGGGAAUCUGAAGAAUGUAGUUUAGGAGUGGGCUCUCGGCUCAUGUUUCCAAAUCAGACCCUGCUCCUCUAAUGAAGACAGUAUGUCGGAGUCAUCGCCAGAGGGGAUCUUGGAAAACAUUACUUGAAUGUUUCCAGGGAACAUUUUUUUAAAAGCUUAUACUGGCCAGUGUUGCCCCUAUUGAGAGGGAUUGGGUAUUUGUUGAAAGGAUAUAUUUUUCAAAAACCCUAAGCCAGAUGAAAUACAAAGCUCAAAUGUAACAUGUUUUGAGAGGGGUAUGUCAAAUAUAUCGUGCAUGUUUGUUUGAUCCUCUUUUUUAAGCUAUAUUUGACCUUUUAAAAGUAAGGAGUUGCUGCUCCUUAUGCCAAUGCAAAUCUUUUGACUGAUAGGGGUGUCCUGUGACGGAUAUACACAAAACAUGGUUCACAUGGGAAAGGUGUGUCAAAGUAGUUUGUGAAUAGGCUAAUUCACACUGAACCAACAAACAUUUUUUGUUUGUUGGCAUUUGUUGGAUCAUUGUGAGUUCCCACAUUGUGACACCACUAUUUGAUAGAGCAAAGAACAUUUAAUACCGUAGAGUUAAUGAAUGACCUUUUCAGUUAUUUUUAAGGAAAGGCUAUUGGGUUAUUAAUUGAUACUGUAAACUAUGUAACGUUUAACUGUGAUGGUUGUUUAUGAUUGGAUGUGGGAAAUUUAACUGACCAGUUUUUAAGUCAUGGUUAUGCACUGUCUUAGUUGCCUAUGACAUGCAUUUUACUGCAAUGUUUAUUUUUCUGUGAUCAGUCAAAAAUGUUUUAUGCCGUUUGUAAACUUUAAAUUUUUAUAUAAAUGCUUUCCUGUUAUAUAUUAAAAUGCAAAA